AUGUCAACAAAUAUUAAAGAUACUAAGGGCAAGAAAAAACAGCCUAAAAAUGUCCAAACCCCAAAGAGGGAAAGGAAAUGUAAGCUGAUGAAAUUAAAACUUCAUCAGUUGUUGGACGAAACGGAAAUAACGGAAUUACAUGAAAUUUUUGAUACGAAGGAAGGUAGAAGGAUGGAUAAAGACGAACUGAAGGAAGUUUUGUACGAAUACGGCAGUGUCGAAUAUGAUGAUAAAACAUAUGAUACUCUAUUUAAGCAAAUGAAUUCUUCUUGCGAUGGUUACGUAACAUGGCAUGAAUUCAUAUCUUAUCUUAUUCUUGGUUUCCAAGAACAAGAAAUUGGCAUGGAAUACAAAACCUUAGAUGCGCCUAUACCAACUCCACCGCUGAUGAUGAGAAGCAACCACCGCCAUCGAGUCAACAGGAUAGCUUUUUUUCCAACAGUAAAAUUAGACCGUACGUGCAAUUGGCAUGAUGGUAGCAUCAUUACUUGCAGCCAAGAUGGAGUUGUAAAUUAUUGGUCACUAGAUAUGCAAUUAGAAAGGUCUGCCCAAUCAACAUGUCCAAUGUUAAAAGUACAAACUACUUUGGUCACCGACAUGGCGGUAUUACCAGACGUAAGUGUAAUAUGUACGUCUAGUUCAGAAAGAGAUCUAAGGUUCUACGACACCUCCGCGAGAAAAUUUGAGUUACGCGUGAUGAUCACCUCCUUACCUGAUGCAAUAACGACCAUGUUUUACAAAUUUUACACUGAUAUAAACGUCCCUUCUAAACUGAUCAUGGGAGAUAUGGGAGGGAGUAUACGGGUCAUUCAAUUUCAGUCUGAAGCUAGAGGACCUUUUAAAAGUCAACCAGGAAUACCACUGCUAUGUGUCCGUUAUGAGAGUGCUCUUAAACAUGCAAUACCUAAUCUAACAAUUUCAGAAUUCCCUUUCGUUCACAACGAUUUCAUAAGACAAGUGUCUUACUAUUCAGCUCUACACUGCAUAGUUUCCUGUUCGCAAAGCAACAAAGCUGUCAUCAUGACUGAUAUAUCGGAUGGCAAGAAGAGUUAUGUUUACAAAAUUUUCGCUGGCGCCUGGUGUUUUGCUUUGGAAGAGACGGCGCACAUGGUAGCAACUGGAGGUCCAGAUUGUUUGGUACGCAUCUGGAACCCAUUCAUACCCCGCAGAGCCACUUGCACCUUCUACGGGCACCACACUGGUAUAGUGCAAGUGGUGUUUCAAGAUAAUGGGAAAAGGCUGUACAGUCUGUCGAAAGAUAAAUGCAUAAAAGUCUGGGAUAUCGGGAUGCAAGCUUUGGUGCAGACUUAUUUGGAGUUACCGACACAUUUAGGUGAUUCAAGUGAGAUAAGUGCUCUCUACAAUCCGGAGAGUAGACAGUGGAUCGUAGGCAGCAAUAUGAUCGCUGUCCUCUCUUUAAGUCCCAAUCCGAGUUCUGAACAUACGGACGGAAAUACUCACAUUGGUGGAGUGUCAGUCGUCCUCUACAAUAAACUAUAUAAGGUAGUGUUAACGUGCGGCUUGGACAGUUUUAUAAUAGUCUGGAAUCCGUUUGACGGAAGACGUCUGCUGAUCAUCAGGGAGGCCCAUACGGUUUUGGUGCAUGGAGCAAUAAAACCCGUAGAAAUUACGGCGGCCACCUUUGAUCCAGGCUAUCAGCGUUUGCUCACAGGAGCCCACGACGGCACUCUGAAAAUUUGGAGUUUCAAUUCGGGCACCUGUUUGCGUAACAUGAAAACGUGGAAGUGGUCGGAGAUAAAAUCGGUUAUCUGGGUGAAUAAUAGAAUAAUGGCGACCGGAUGGAAUAGGCGCAUCAUCGAGUUUGCCGAUACUGGGGAAGCAGUUGGUCCAGGGGGAGCUUACAGCAAAAAUUGGGACCUGCGGCACACGGAAGACAUAAGUUCGGCAGCUGUCCGAGUACCUGAAACUGUGGCUACUAGUUCUUAUGCAGGAGAACUGAUCUUAUGGCGUCUGGAGACUGGUCAGCCUUAUAAAAAGUUUAACGUGUCAAAUCCUACUGCCAGAAUCAAAAUCCAUUAUCAAUUAGCAAAGACGGAGAAACCUGUUAAAGAAGAGUACAUUCACCAUAAGAGGAAAUCGAUGGUAUCGUCCAUUCGUCGACAAGACAAAAGACGAAAAGUGUCUACUGUAGCGGUACCAGACGAAUGUUUCCAUUUAAGAAAAUUGUCGGUGCAUUGUAUGAUUUUCCUUAAUGCCCGAAAAAGUGAUCCGGAAGUCGGCACCCUUCUGGUGGCUCUGGAAAAUGGAGUGGUACAAGUUUGGAAUCAUCACGUGCAAGGAUCUUUCAUAACAUCGUUUUCUGCCAUUCAUAAGGCGGGCGACUAUGUCAUUUCGAUGACUACAGACGAAAACAACGAGUUUCUUUUUACUGGAACUACAGUCGGCUACAUUAAAACUUGGCUAUUGAAAAACUAUUGUGUAUCACCCGCAGAUGAAGAGCGUACAUGCAUGCCAAAGUAUAGGUUGAUGUUUCCCUUCAUGUGGGGAAAUACGUUCAUGGGAAGGGCAGCAAGAAUGGCGGCAGACCAGGCAAAACCCGUCUUACUUAACAGCUUCAAGGGACAUUUCAUGCCUGUUUCAGGACUGACUUAUAUCGAUGAGUGCCAAAUUCUUUUAAGUUGCAGUGCAGAUUUUAGCGUAAGAAUGUGGACGUUGGGAGGUCGAUAUUUACAGACCAUUGGUACGUUCAAGCCUUGGAAGAAUAUUCGACAAGGGCAACCAGUUCCACCCACUUUUCAAUUUAGUAUUCCUCCAGAUAUAAAGAAAGUCGCUAGUUCUACCACCUUGAGGGUACUUUCUGGUGGUUCUUUCGAGAAAAAACUUACUAUAAAACAAUUACAAAAACGAGCUGAGAAUAGUUUGGUACAAGUCGAUCAAACGAAGAUUUAUGGAAAGCCGCUCGAAGACCCGCUUUUAGGGAAUUAUUACACACUUCCAGAGAGAACAGUAAAUCCGAAGGACGUGAUAUUUGAUAUGUCAUUCCCUUAUAUUCCUGUUUAUCAGCACUUAAUUAUGCCAGGACUUGUGCCUAUUGAAAUUUCAGACGAUAUUUGUCGUAAACAUAAAUUGCAAGGAAGCAGUGAAGACAAGUCAUAA